UACACUGCCUUUUUUAUUUGCUGUGCGCUGUUUUUUCAUCAAUAAAAUUCGGAAAUAAAACUGAAAUUCACAUGCAUAAAAGCCAGCGACAUGCCCUCAAUUGUGUAUUCAAGAAUGCCUUUGCACGGUAUACAACUUUUAUGGGAUCUACACAUUUUAUGCCAAAGCGUUACGUGAAAAAACUGGGAGAGCAACCAAAGGAAACCAAUGUGCAGGCUCACAGUCAGCUGGAACAUGCAUGCCUCAUAGACUAUGACCAGAAGCUAACGUUCCCGCGCCUCACUGGUAUUAUCUGCACGAUUGGACCUGCCACACAAAGUGUUGAGAUGAUUGUAAAACUUCUUGGGGCUGGCAUGAAUAUUGCACGUUUGAAUUUCUCACACGGAAGUCAUGAGCAGCACGGCGGAACGGUGUCCAAAGUGCGUGAAGCCUGUGAGUUAUAUUCGCAAAAGUUGGGCUACAAAUCCCAUACGGCAAUUGCGCUUGAUACCAAGGGUCCCGAAAUACGAACUGGACUCAUUGCAGGAAGCGGAACAGCUGAUGUGGAGCUGAAGAAAGGUGCAACAUUUAAGUUGAGCACCAACCAGGAGUUUCAGGAGAAAGGCACGGUGGAGAAAGUGUAUGUCGACUAUAAGAAUAUAACCAAGGUGCUGAAGCCUAAGGAUCAUGUCUACUUAGAUGAUGGCCUGAUCUCUUUGCUGGUAAAGGAUAUCAGCGGCGAUGACUUGAUUUGCGAAGUGGAAAAUGGCGGAAAAUUAGGCUCACGCAAAGGUGUUAAUUUACCCGGCAUUGAUGUGGAUCUUCCCUCUAUUUCAGAAAAAGAUAAAGAAGAUUUAAGGUUUGCGGUAGACCAGAAACUGGAUUUUAUAUUUGCCUCGUUUAUUCGGGAUGCGAACUCCAUUGAGGAGAUACGAUGUAUGCUUGGCGAGAAAGGCAAAUAUAUUAAGAUCAUAUCCAAAAUCGAGAACCAUCAGGGUAUGAAGAACAUUGCGGAAGUUAUUGAGGCGUCCGAUGGCAUAAUGGUUGCACGCGGCGAUCUGGGUAUUGAAAUACCUGCAGAGAAAGUUUUCCUCGCACAAAAAUCCAUUUUUGCCCAGUGUAAUAGGGCCGGAAAACCGGGAAUCUGCGCUACCCAAAUGCUAGAGUCCAUGAUUAAGAAGCCUCGUGCAACUCGUGCCGAACUCUCCGAUGUUGCAAAUGCGGUGAUUGAUGGCGCCGAUUGUGUCAUGUUAUCUGGGGAAACGGCUAAGGGUGAAUAUCCGCUGGAAUGUGUUGAGACCAUGACCCGGGUAUGCCGUGAGGCCGAAGCCGCCAUUUGGAGCGAUAACCUCUUUGAUGAUCUGAUAAAUGCCAAUGAUGACGCAGUAGACCUAGAAAGUGCCCUGAUAAUAUCUGCCGUCAGUGCGGCCAUUAAUGGAGAUGUCCGAGCUAUUAUAGUGCUUACCUCCACAGGACGUACGACUUUUAAGUUAAGCCGAUAUCGUCCGCCAUGUCCCAUUAUCAGUCUCAUUGCGGGAAAUGAUCUGAUUGCGCGUCAGUCAAAUCUUUAUCGUGGCAUUUUCACGAUCAGCUACGAAAGCGGAUCCAAUAAUGCUGGAGGAAAGAAAUCAGUUGAAGAUCGCCUUAAACUUGGCAUAAAGGUGUCCAAGGAUGCGGGUAUUAUCAAGGACAAUGAUCCAGUUGUCAUUGUUACAAGCUUGCAAUCUGGGAGCGGUCUUAGCAAUUCCAUGCGUAUGAUCUAUGUAUAAUUUAUGUGAAACCCAAGCUUAACCUCCAGAAAGUUAUGUAAAUGCAUUGAUAUUUUGAGUACGCUUUUUUUACUUAAAAUAUGUAUUAAUUACUAUAAUCUCAAGAAUAGAUAGCAAAUUUUAAGUGAA